AUGAUCGUUAAGCUCCAUCUGUUUGUCGGCAGUUCGGCAGGAGAACGAGCGCAUGAUGUACGACGUGCUCCAGGUGGGAGUCUUAAAUCGCACCCAGUCGUCGGGGGCAUCGCGCUGACGCCGCGCUACUCGCCAGGUCCACGCAUCGACCACAUUAGGCCAGCUGCUGCACCGCCCGAAGAGCCACCCGACGCGGGGCCCCAGCCCGACCCAGGCCCCGACACUAGCCCUAACACGGUCCCUGCUCACGAGGCGCAUGCUGAGGCCCAAAUCCAAGACACAGCCGCCUCGGUGAGCUAUGCCCCGAGCCACGCGUGA